GUUCACCCCACCUCCACCCCGCCCCCCAAUCCCGGGCAGAUAAAGGAGCCAAGGCCAGGAGGGAGCGAGACCCCGCCCCUUCUGCGAACUGAAGCAGCCCCUGCUGGACGGGGGUCUGCACUGCUAUGGAUUCCACUACUACUACAGAGGGAGCACUGGGCUAUGUCCGCGAGUUCACUCGCCACUCCUCGGACGUGCUGGGCAACCUGAACGAGCUGCGCCUGCGUGGGAUCCUCACUGAUGUCACGCUGCUCGUUGGCAGACAACCCCUUAGAGCUCACAAGGCCGUUCUUAUUGCAUGCAGUGGCUUCUUCUAUUCGAUUUUCCGAGGCCGUGCAGGAGUCGGGGUAGAUGUGCUAUCCUUGCCUGGGGGCCCUGAAGCUGGAGGCUUUGCACCUCUACUGGACUUCAUGUACACUUCACGCCUGCGCCUCUCUCCUGCCACCGCCCCAGCAGUCCUUGCAGCAGCCACCUACUUGCAGAUGGAGCACGUGGUACAAACAUGUCAUCGCUUCAUCCAGACCAGCUAUGAACCUCUGGGCAUCUCGCUGCGACCCCUGGAGCCAGAACUCUCCACGGCUCCAACCACCCCUCCAUCAGGCAGCCCCCUCUGCUCCGAAGGGAACCCAUACCCACCUACUGAGUCUCGCAGCUGCAGCCAAGGGCCCCGCAGGCCAGGCAGCCCAGACCCCAAGGCCUGCAACUGGAAAAAAUACAAAUUCAUCGUGCUAAAUUCUCAGGCCUCUCAAGCGGGGAGCUUAGCAGGGGAGAAGAGUUCUGGUCAACUUUGCUCCAAAGCCAGGCCCCACAGUGGAGAUGAGGCCUCCAACAGUAGCAGAAGCAGCAGCAGCAGCAGCAGCAGUAGCAGCAGUGAAGAAGGACUCAUUCUGGGUCCCGAGAGCAGGCUCUCUCCAACUGCUGCAUCUCUGCAGUUCAAAUAUGGGGCUCCAGCCUGUAACCCUCAUCUCUUCACAACCCGGGUUCAAGAUCUCAGUGGAUCACCAUUGGAGCAGGCUUUUCCAUCACCAGAAAGUGACCUUUUCAACUGCCAGAAGUGUGAGGCUGCGGCAGGGUGCUCAUCGGGUCCAGAUUCCUCGUCUCCUAAAGACAAGGACAAGCCCUACAAGUGCCAGCUCUGCCGGUCUGCCUUCCGAUACAAAGGCAACCUGGCCAGUCACCGCUCUGUGCACACAGGAGAAAAACCCUACCACUGCUCCAUCUGUGGAGCCCGCUUUAACCGACCAGCCAACCUCAAAACACACAGCCGCAUCCACUCGGGAGAGAAGCCCUACAAGUGUGAGACGUGCGGCUCGCGCUUUGUGCAGGUGGCGCAUCUGCGUGCGCACGUGCUGAUCCACACGGGGGAGAAGCCCUACCCGUGCCCCACUUGUGGAACUCGCUUCCGACACCUGCAGACCCUCAAGAGCCACAUUCGCAUCCACACGGGCGAGAAGCCUUACCACUGCGACCCCUGCGGCCUGCAUUUCCGGCACAAGAGUCAACUGCGGCUGCACCUGCGCCAGAAACACGGAGCAGCGACCAACACCAAAGUGCACUACCACAUGCUGGGAGGACCCUGACUCAGCGCCACUCAGACUGCUCUUGCCUCCUGGAAGGCUCAGGCUUGGCUUCCUCUCCAGCCUGAGCAUGGGAGUGUGCAAGA